UGGCUUGCGCUUUUUCUGCGCUCCGCGUGAGGAGAGGCACUAGGAGCGUGCUUGGCGUCUGUGCGGCUCCUGGUUCGCUGUCUUUUCUCGUCUUCGAAGAUGACGACGCCAGCCACCAUUUUUUCCUGCCUUUGGUCUGUCAGGCAGUCGGCUGGGAUCCGCUACUACCUUAGGCUUUUUCUGCAGUACAGUGGAUACAAUUUGUUAUGGCCACUCUGAGUGUUAUAGGUUCAAGCUCACUUAUUGCCUAUGCUGUAUUCCAGAAUAUACAGAAAUCUCCAGAGCCGAGGCAACUUGACUGUUUACCCCUAUUAGCAAGGUAUUAGCAUCUUUCUUCUCAUUGAAAGCAAGAUGAGGCCACUCUUUUAUCUGAGUUUCUCUGACCUCCUCCUGGGGAUAUGCUGGCUCAUUGAGGCACUUCUCUAUGGAACUUCAACAGUGAAUAAGGACAUUAUCUGCUAUAACCUGCAAGCAGUUGGACAGAUAUUCUACAUUUCCUCAUUUCUCUACACUGUCAAUUACAUCUGGUAUCUGUACAAAGAGCUGAGGAUGAAACACAACCAGAGUGGACAGAGCACAUUUCCCCUGGUUAUAGAUAAUACUUGUCGAGUUGGUCAAAUAGUCAUCAUUUUGUCAAGCCUGAUACCUUUACUAUUGAUGAUACCUGUGUUCUGUCUGGGAAAUGCCAGCGAAUGCUUCCGCAACUUCAGCCAGAGCCACAGGUGUAUCCUGAUAUACUCACCACCAUCAGCCAUGGCUGAACUCCUGCCUUCUGCCAACACAUCCAUCUGCAACACGCUUUAUUUUUAUGGGCUCGCCAUUUUCCUGGCCAGCUUUCUACUCAGCCUCCUCACCAUUUUGGUCUUACUCAUCCAAGCCCAGAUGCUGUAUAAGAAGUUUGUGAAAUCAACUGGCUUUCUGGGGAGUGAACAGUGGGCAGUGAUUCACAUCGUGGAGCAGCGAGUGCGCUACUACCCAGUGGCUUUCUUUUGCUGCUGGGGCCCAGCUGUCAUUCUGAUGGUCAUAAAGCUGAUCAAGCCACAGGACACCAAGCUUCACAUGGUCCUCUAUAUUCUCCAGGCUCUAACAGCAUCAUCCCAGGGUCUGCUCAACUGUGGAGUAUAUGGCUGGACACAGUACAAGUUCUUUCAACUAAAGCAAGAGGCUCGGCGUGAUGCAGACACCCAGACACCAUUAUUAUGCUCACAGAAGAGAUUCUAUAGCAGGGGUCUAGAUCCACUGGAGUCUACCCUUACUUUUGCUACCAGCUCCUCCACCAUUCUUUGAAACUAUAAUGCUGAAAUAUCCAGGAACUAGAGUUAUUCCACACUAAGGGAUUGGGAAGAAUGUUGGAGAACAACAUCUUAAGUCUUUUCUAACCACACCUAAACUAUGCAAAGGAAAGGGAAUAUAUUAUAGUACCAUGGUUAGCAGCUGUUUGGUGAAUUGGGCAGAAUCUCUUCAUUCUCAGAUUCACUAGUGAUUCUUAAAGUCUUUGUUUAGGGAGAUGAAGCCAUUUUCCAUCUAAGAGAGAGAAACUCAUAUUACCUCAAUGAAUAUUAGAUUUAUGUAAGCCUUUUCUAGACAAAAUUAAUUCCAGGUUGUUAUUUUUACAUGCCAAUUCCAGGCUCUCCAUGGUGCAGGGGAAGUAGGGUGGCAUGCAACGAUUUGCUCAGAGUUUGUCAUUGCUAUUACUGUCUCUGAGGCUGGACAAAGGAAGUUCUGGGUUUCUGUUCUUUGAAGAGGUUUAGAAACUCAGAAGAAGCAAGGACAAUAACUAUGAAAAAAGUGGGAUCCUCAGAUAUACUACACCCUGGUCUCAUAUGGUCAGUGCUCUUCUAGGUCUUGGCAGUAGGGUCCAUCCUACUUAGAAAAUUAAGGCCAAUCUUUUGAAGUUACAGAGGAUAAGAUUUAAGAGAAAUCAUGACUAAAGGAAACUUUAGUAAUCAAAACUCUAAAUUGUCAUUUACAAGCAGAAAUCCAAAGUAAGUUUCAAUGCCGGUACAUUAAAUUAGGUUGAACCAUAUGAACUUGCCAAUGUAGGUGAAAGUGAUCUAAUAUCAUCAAUUUUACAUGGUUCAACCUAACAAUAACUGCUAAAUAUGUUUAUAGAAUAAAUGAAUGAACAAAUGAAUGAAUGAAUAAUAAGUAGAAUUUGAACCUUGGGGGAAAGAAAAGAUUUCUAGACUGCAGAGCCUCAUUUAUGAGUAAGAAUAUCUAAUCUGGGAUACCAUCCUUCAACUCCUUAUCAUCCCUUCUAUGGUGUAAAAAAACUGCACCCCAACACCAUGUGUCUUGCAUGGGGAACUGGGUGAGGGUUUGGUGUUUUUCAAUGAGUGGAAGCCUUUGGAUGUUUUCACAUAGCAGCCUCCCACAUUUUAUAUCUUUGGCCUUGCACUUGCUGAAGAUCUUAAAAAUCCCUUUAGAUUCGCUGCCAGUUUCCAAACCUGUCCCUCUUGGUAUUCACGUAAUUAUAGCCACUUUCCCAGGCAACCUUUGUGCCCUUUCCAAAGAUUUUAACACACUGAUUCUCUAGGCCUCACCACUGGUCCAGGUAACAGUAACCUUGUUAUUUGCAAAGGUGCCAUCUUGCUUAUAGGUAUUUGUUUGCAACACUUGGAGGUCCCAUUACAGUAUUCUUGGAGGUCACACUCAUCCACAAUGAGGUAGCAGGGUGUGGUUACCUUUAAAAAUUUGCAAUUUUUGCAGCAGGAUCCAAAUGCACAAUCUGAACCCUUCUUUAGCCGCAUGAGGGCAGACAAUAGUAAUCGUUUUGAUAGUUAAGGAUGCUGCCACAACCAAAUCACUUUCUUCUUUAUUCAUUCUCUUAUUCCCACUGUAUGACUUUCCAAAGUAGCUUUGGAGCUAAGGUUUAUGAAACAGGCAGUCCUCUCUGUGCUGAUGUAACAGCUGGUGGAAGUAAUGGAAGCUGCAGUUGCUGAAGCCCAUAUCUGUAGUAAUAAGUUCGUGCAUACUACAGAGGUUCUAGCCAUGGCAUUGUAGGUCACGUGGUCAUGCUUCAUUCUCAAGUUGUGGCCAAGCUCAUGAUCCAUGAGGGCUGUGUAAUGUGCUAUAGCUUCCUGAGAGAAAGAUGCAUAGCAGUGCAGAUACCACUGAGAAAUACAUAUCCAUGGUACUUCCCGAGACUGGCCAAUAAUCACAUGAGCAACAUCACGCUUCUCCAAAGAUACCAGUCAAAAUUUUGAAGUAUUUCCUGCAAAUUCGGGGAGAUUUUUCACUCGUUUUCUCUCUGUCCGUAUCUCUAACCCAGUAAAUUCUGCUUUCACAUUUAGCUCCUUAUGUUCCUGUUGACUAGGACAUGGGCAUCCAUUAUCAUCUGUGUAGUCUUGGUAACAUUAUUAAUUGGAAUUGUUUAUUGUCAACCACAGAAAACAUUUUUACAUACUUGGGAAGUAUCCACAUACAGGGCAUAGGAACUGAAGAGGGUUCUAUUCUGCUCUGAAAUUGUGAAGUGGUUAAGAGCUCCUUCUGUUCAUCUCCACCAGCUGCACAAAACUCACCUGAUUUUAAGGAUAGGCUGUAAAUCAUAUGCUCAAAAUUCUUUGAAGUUUAUAUAGGCUUGAUGUAAAAGACAGUGCCAUGUAAGGUCAGGAUUCCCUUUAGCCCUGUGCAAGUGCUGAUAGUCACAAGAGAAUCCAGGUCACCCUUUGAGUAUCCCGUUAUCCUGAAUAAAAGGCAUGUCCAAGUUCUUGACAAAUAAUACUUUCUUUUGCUUCAAAUUAAUAAUAUGCCAUUUUCCUUGUAUAAGCAGGACAUAGGCCACCUUUUCUGUUUUUUCUUUCAGUUCUCUGAACAUCACUAGGUUCCUAAGCAUGACUAUUUCAUAAUAAAGAUAUAACCACUUACAGUGCAUCCAUUGAAGUAUAGUUGCUAUCAGCAAUAACAUGACAUGCAGAUUAAUAUGGGGAGGGCCCAUUCUCAAGUGUCCCACCUAGGGAUCCCUGGAAGACAAAUCACUCCAAACCUUACCUAUGACCACUUGAUUUCAUGGAAGAAAGGGCAGGGGGGAUGCAAAGUAACUAACUGGGAUUGUCAUUGUCAUGGCCCAAGUGAAACAGCUAGUGACCCAGACGUCUGUCUCUCAGUUGCCUUCCCUGAGAUCCAAAUCUUUGUGACACAGUUGUUUGGCCAAAGCUCCAAGCUGUGCUGCAUCCCAGAAGGACAGCUGCUCCCACCCCGAGUAUUACAUGACGACACCUGCCUUUUGCCUGUGUCUUUUCCUAUUCCUGUUGUGUGCUCUCUCCUCAGGAGUGUCCUUACUUUGCAGUCUCCCUCAAAGAACAAAAGUAUUGUGCUCCUUAGCUGCACUUCUGCUGUCUUAGUAGAGUAGAGGGGUAUACCAAGGAGAGGAAACUUUCAGAGGCCCCACCAGUACUAUGACCCAGAAUUGGGCCUUGAGAAAAGAGAAAAUAUAACCACCUUCCUUCAGUCCUUGUCCCCAUGGAACAGCCUUCCCCUCCUGUCGUCGGUUAUUCUUUUCAGUCAUUGAAACAAAAGGUUCCCGAGCAGGGGUUUGAGAUUCCUGAGUGGGUCACGGGCCUCUGCUGUCCAGUGCCUUUUGCACCAUUUCCUACUCCGUACCAUACAGCCCAUUUCAAACCUCUAAUACUUUUCCUUUUUCCCCCCGUUAUUCACAAUGUGUUUGUUUAUUUGUUCGAUCCUGUAAUACAUGUAAAGUAUUUUUAGAAUAACUAACCCAUGCAUCUGUGAAAAGCAAAUAUACUAACUGGAGAACAGUAUUUGUGUUCAGUUAUUUUUGUCUUUGGCCUUACGGUAUGAGAUCAAAAUAAUGCCUUCAAAAAUUAUUUAGGUUAUUACUUUUUCUUCUAGACUGAUUCAGUGUGGUUAUAUUUUUCAUUUUUAAUAUAGUCAGGCUCACAUAUUACUGUUUGUAUUUCCUUUUGGUUUGUAAAAUGUUACUGUGAUUCUAAGUGAGUACUGUACAAAAAAGUAUUCAGAGUACACCUCUUGGAACCUUUAAUCUGUUCCCAUGUCCUCAUUCUUUGCACCCAAUUCUACCCACGGAUCUCAAUAGUACUUAGUUUGUUUUUCCUGUAUUCCUUUCUGCACAGAUUAGCAGAGAUGUGUAUAUAUUUUUUUACCCCCUUUUUUCUUAGGUAAAUGUAGCAUAAUAUUUUACAUUUUCCUUUUUAAACUGAGAGAUACGAGUAUAUCCUACAAAUCACUCCAUAUCAGUUUGUAGAGAUCAUUCUCAUUCUGUUUCUACAGCUGUGUUAGUACUCCCAUUUUGUGGGUGUACCAUAAUUUAUUCAAUCGUUCUUCUAUGUGUGGGCCUUUAGGUUGUUUACAUUGUUUUGAAAUUACACACAAUGCAACAACAAAUAAUUUUGCAUGUAUGUAUUUUUUUGGAGGCAAAUUCCUAAAAAUGGGAAGGCAGUGCUAACUGCAUAUGUAGCUUUGUUUGAUAUUGUCAGAAUCCCGUUUAGAAAGGUUUUGCCAGUCAGCAUUCCCACUAGCAAUAUAUUACAGUGCCUCUUUCCCCACAGUCUAAGCAACAGAAUAUGUUGCUAUGCCAUACAUUUUAAUUUUCACCAAACUGAUAGCUGAGAAGUGACAUUUCAGUGUUGUUUAAUUUGCAUUUUUCUAAUUUUGAGUGAAUUUGAACAUGUUUAAACAUAGUUAGGGACCAUUUUUAUAUUUUUAAAUAAUUGUCUGUUUAUGGAUUUUCCCCUUUUUCUAUCAAGGUUUUGGUCUUUUUUCUCAACUUU